CGCGCCGCCCGGGGCCGCCCCGAUGGGUCGCUGAGCCGAGCGCCCGCCCCGCCGCCGCGCCCCGCCGCGCCCCCGGGCCCCCGGCAAGCUGGAUCUCCGCGGCUGGAGGCGCCUGACCGGCUGGGUGGGGACCACCAUGGGCAACGCGGCCGGCGGCGCCGAGCCGCCCGCGGCCCCCGCCGCGCCGCCCCCCAGGUCGCCCGCGCCGCCCAAGCAGCCGAUGCCCGCGGCCGGCGAGCUGGAGGAGCGCUUCCACCGGGUGCUGAGCUGCAUGAACCUACCCCCAGACAAGGUGCAGCUGCUGAGCCAGUAUGACAACGAGAAGAAGUGGGAGCUCAUCUGCGACCAGGAGCGCUUCCAGGUCAAGAACCCCCCUACUGCCUAUAUUCAGAAGCUGAAGAGUUACCUGGAGACUGGGGGUGUCAGCCGAAAGGUGGCCACUGACUGGAUGUCCAACCUGGGGUUCAAGAGGCGAGUCCAGGAGUCCACUCAGGUGCUUCGGGAGCUGGAGAUCUCCCUGAGGACAAACCACAUCGGGUGGGUGCAGGAGUUCCUCAACGAGGAGAACCGGGGCCUGGAAGUGCUCCUGGACUACCUGGCCUUCGCCCAGUGCUCCGUCACGUAUGACAUGGAGAGCACCGACAACGGGGCGCCCGGCUCGGAGAAGAGCAAGCCACUGGAGCAGUCGGUGGAGGACCUCACCAAGGGGCCGUCCCCCACCCCGACCCCUCAGCCCAAGACUCGCCACCUGACCAUCAAGUGCCCCCCAUCGCCCCGGAUGACCCCAGCCCACAGCAGGAAGACCCUGCGGAACUCGCGCAUCGUCAGCCAGAAGGACGAUGUGCACGUGUGCAUCAUGUGCCUGAGAGCCAUCAUGAACUACCAGUCUGGCUUCAGCCUCGUCAUGAACCACCCCUAUUGCGUCAACGAGAUCGCCCUGAGCCUGAAUAACAAGAACCCCAGAACCAAGGCACUGGUGCUGGAGCUGCUGGCAGCUGUGUGCCUGGUGCGGGGGGGACAUGACAUCAUCCUGGCGGCCUUCGACAACUUCAAGGAGGUGUGUGGCGAGCAACAUCGCUUUGAAAAGCUGAUGGAGUAUUUCCGGAACGAGGACAGCAACAUCGACUUCAUGGUGGCCUGCAUGCAGUUCAUCAACAUCGUGGUGCACUCGGUGGAGAACAUGAACUUCAGGGUCUUCCUGCAGUAUGAGUUCACGCACCUGGGCCUGGACCUCUACCUGGAGAAGCUGAAGCUGACGGAGAGCGACAAGCUGCAGGUGCAGAUCCAGGCGUACCUGGACAAUGUCUUUGACGUGGGGACACUGCUGGAAGACACGGAGACCAAGAACGCGGUGCUGGAGCACAUGGAGGAGCUGCAGGAGCAAGUGAGCCAGCUGACAGAGCGGCUUCGGGACGCGGAGAACGAAUCCAUGGCUAAGAUCGCGGAGCUGGAGAAGCAGCUGAGCCAUGCCCGCAAGGAGCUGGAGACGCUGCGGGAGCGGUACACCGCGUCCGCGUCUCUGGGCGCCUCCAGGCGUGCCCCGGAGCCCGAGAAAGUGUCGGUCCCCGCCCUGGCGCGGCCCUCGGCCCUGGAGCUCAAGGUGGAGGAGCUGGAGGAGAAGGGGUUAAUCCGAAUCCUGCGGGGGCCGGGGGAUGCGGUCUCUAUCGAGAUCCUCCCGGUAGCUCUGGCAACUCCCAGCCCCAGCGACGCCCCGACUCCCGGGGCGCCCACCGGCUCCCCCAGCCCAGAUCUUCUGCCUGAGGCACAGCCAGUUCCCGGAGCUGCACCCCCGCCGCCCCCGCCCCCGCCCCCACUGUCUGGUCUCUCCUCACCACUGCAAGACGCCCCCUCCUUGGCACCCCCACCGGCUCCGCCUCUCCCAGGCAGCCUCGAGCCCCCACCACCUCCGCCUCUGCCGGGAGAUGUGCCACCGCCACCCCCUCCGCCUCUGGGAACAGAUGGGCCAGUGCCUCCCCCACCCCCACCGCCUCCAGGAGGACCCUGCACCAAUGACCUCAGUGCAGACGUGGGUUCAGGCAUGAAGGCUAAGAAGCCCAUCCAGACCAAGUUCAGGAUGCCCCUCUUAAACUGGGUGGCCCUGAAACCCAACCAGAUCUCGGGCACCGUCUUCACCGAGCUCAACGAUGAGAAGGUGCUUCAGGAGCUAGACAUGAGUGACUUCGAGGAACAGUUCAAGACGAAGUCCCAAGGGCCCAGCCUGGAUAUCAGUGCUCUCAAGGGCAAGGCAGCCCAGAAGGCCCCCAGCAAGGCCACGCUCAUCGAGGCCAACCGGGCCAAGAACCUGGCCAUCACUCUGCGCAAGGGCAACCUGGGGGCUGACCGCAUCUGCCAGGCCAUCGAGAUGUAUGACCUACAGGUCCUGGGCCUGGACUUCCUGGAGCUGCUCACCCGCUUCCUGCCCACAGAAUACGAGCGCAGCCUCAUCGCCCGCUUCGAACAGGAGCAGAGGCCGAUGAAGGAGCUGUCGGAGGAGGACCAGUUCAUGCUGCGCUUCAGCCGCAUCCCUCGCCUGUCUGAGCGCAUGGCCACACUCACCUUCCUGGGCAGCUUCCCGGAGACAGUCCAGCUGCUCAUGCCGCAACUGAACGCCAUUAUUGCAGCCUCAAUGUCCAUCAAGUCCUCUGACAAACUCCGCCAGAUCCUCGAGAUCGUCCUGGCCUUUGGCAACUACAUGAACAGUAGCAAGCGUGGGGCAGCCUAUGGCUUCCGGCUCCAGAGUUUGGAUGCGCUGCUGGAGAUGAAGUCCACUGACCGGAAGCAGACGCUGCUGCACUACCUGGUGAAGGUCAUUGCGGAGAAGUACCCACAGCUCACUGGCUUCCAUGGGGAACUGCACUUCCUGGACAAGGCGGGCUCAGUGUCCCUGGACAGUGUCCUUGGGGAUGUACGCGCUCUGCAGCGAGGCCUGGAAUUGACCCAGCGCGAGUUCGUGCGGCAGGAUGACUGCGUGGUGCUCAAGGAGUUCCUGAGGGUCAACUCGCCCACCAUGGAUAAGAUGCUGGCAGACAGCAAGACGGCUCAGGAGGCCUAUGAGUCCGUGGUGGAGUACUUCGGAGAGAACCCCAAGACCACGUCCCCCUCCAUGUUCUUUACCCUCUUCAGCCGCUUCGUCAAGGCCUACAAGAAAGCUGAGCAGGAAGUGGAGCAGUGGAAGAAAGAAGCCGCUGCCCAGGAGGCAGGCGCUGACAGCCAGGGCAGAGGGGAGCCCCCAGCCCCCAAGUCCCCACCCAAGGUCCGGCGGCAACAGAUGGACCUCAUCUCUGAGUUGAAACGGAAGCAGCAGAAGGAGCCCCUCAUCUAUGAGAGUGACCGGGACGGAGCCAUCGAGGACAUCAUCACAGUGCUCAAGACAGUGCCCUUCACUGCCCGCACCGGCAAGCGGACGUCCAGGCUCCUCUGUGAGGCCAGCCUGGGAGAGGAGCUGCCACUCUAGAUCUUCGGAACCAGCCCUACAUUCGAUCAGAUACAGGCCGCAGAAGUGCUCGCCGGCGCCCCCCAGGACCCCCACUACAGGUCACUUCCGACCUCUCCCUGUAGCUGUUAUGGACGCAGAUGGACUUCGGGGUGUGGGGGAGCAGGAGAAGAAGCCUGGACAGAGCUGCUGUCUCUCUGCCGUUCCCCCCUCCCUCCUGCCUUGGGGCACACCCUCGUCUUGCCACAUGGGGGCAGCAUCGCCAGCCCCUCCCUCUAAGUGCAGCACCCUAGUCCCGCCAAUAGCCAUACUUAGCCACAGUGGGAGCCUAGCCUGUAAUUUAUAAAGUGCAACCUCGCAUCCCCAAGCUCCCCACCCCAGUCCCAGCUCCGGGGACCCUCCAUGGACCUUAUUUUUAUACAAGAUUAAUAAAGAUGAACAAAGAUGUUUGCAAAA